AUGGGCCGCUCCAACGCUCUUACAGCUCAAGCACCAAUGCUAAAGCCGUCCGGCCGAUGUGUGGAUCGUUGGUUGGCAUAUUGGGCAAUGAGCAACAGGCCUCAUCCGGCUGGGUCUGCAUCGCCAGAGACCACUCCCGCGAACGGCGCCUCCCAAAGUGCUGAGGCUGGCCGCCAGUUGAAUACACCACUUCUAGGAACCCUACGAGGAAUGGCAGGUCUUCAUCAAGGGGUUGUAGCCACUGACUAA